AUGCGCACCACACGUUUCCAAUCCCUCUCCUUCUCCAGCAUCCGCACCUCUCUCUCAUCCCGCCGAAGCAGAUCCCCUUCAGACUCUUCAAUGACCAGCACACGGGACUCAUACUCCAGUUCUCCCAUCUCAGAAAUCAACGCCAUCAUGCACCGUCAGCCAUCGAUCGUCGACAUGGAGGAAGAGAAGAAGACCUUCCCAACCGGUCUCGAGAUCUUGGAACCAAGACCAAUCGUGUACUGGGGCGGACUUGAGGAGCGAAUGGGCUCCCUCUAG